UCAGACAUACCUAAUCGUAAGCGAGAUUGCGGUACUUAAUGAUAAUCCCACUUCCUUCGCGUGUGGAAAAUCAGAGAGUGAAUAUAACAGGAUAAAUUAACGGCUAGUUAGUGUGAGUAAUCGUCUCCGAUAUGGCAAACUUGCUACUGUUUCUGUGCGCGUUUGGGGCUGUUGCUGCCUACGCCCCUAGGAUAAUUAGUCGAAGUGAAUGGGGUGCAAGGAGUAGCUGGAAACCACCACAGACAUUGGAGGAGAAUCCCGCCCCCAACGUUAUUAUACAUCACAGUACGGGACCGUCUUGUGAAAAUGAACAUAGCUGUAAAUCACGGGUUAAGUCGUUUCAAAACUAUCACAUGGACACUAAUCGUUGGAAUGAUAUUGGUUAUAACUUUUUGGUUGGAGAAGAUGGAAACGUCUACGAAGGACGAGGUUGGGGCAAGGUUGGGGCACACGCGCCAGGUUACAAUACAAGAAGCAUUGGGAUUUGUGUAAUUGGAAAUUAUGAGUCGAGAUUACCUAAUCGAGCAGCAUUGGAGGCCGUUCAGAAUCUCAUUGCGUUUGGAGCAUCGAAAGGGUACAUAACGUAUGACUACGCUUUACGCGGUCAUAGACAAGUAACAGCGACACUAUGUCCAGGGAACGCUCUUUACAAUGAAAUCACCACGUGGGGUCACUAUACACACUAAGUUCUUUGCGUAGCGAUACUAACAAAAUAUGUAUAAAAGUAUAUGUAUGAUAAAUUACUCGUAAUUUGCAAAUUACAAUUUGAUGAUAUGCAGAAUCAUUGUGCCAUUAAAUCUAUAUCGCAUA